GGACUUGAGCCAACGAAAAUCGAAUGUAGUAAGGGGCAUUCCACGAUACGAAAUUCCCAAUUCGAAUUCCAUUUGGUAAUUUUAAUGAUUCCAACAAAUUAUUAUAUAUAUACUUAUAUAAUUGUUUACACACGAAAACCAAGCUUCACAAAAACUUAAUAGAAAAACACUGUAGUAUUCUGAUUUCGGGUCUAACUACGACCGUGGUCUAAAGUUAAACGGACUUCAAAAUACGGGGUAGUCAGUCUUGAUUAUACCUUCUGAAUAACCAGACAAUGUCUGUUUUAAUUCAUGAUUAAACGAUACAGUUGGGCCAACAUUUUUUAAAGAAGAUGCAAGAACUUAUUCGAGCAAAGAAUCUCUAACUUUGUCAUUUCUAAGGUGCUUUAAACUGAAAGAUCAUUUUCGAAAGACUAGUCUCGGUAUUGAUUAGUAUUGAUACGAUCGGGCCAAGGAAAGCCUUAUCUUAUUGUUCAGCAUCGAAGCGUUUGUUUUCGACGAGAGAACAACAACACUAAAAUUUUCUUACACAUAGAACAGGCUUGGUGAAAAAAUGGAGUGGACGGACGCAUAGAGUUAUAUACCUUGAUCAUCUUAUAUUGCUUGUAGAAUGAGAACUGUUCGAAGAUGGAAAUGUAUUACAAGGCGAAGAAUGGUAAAUGCCAGACAGCAGAUUGUUGGCAUGAUGAUAUUCAGUUUUGGUGUUUUCAUCCUCAACGCUAUCCUCCAGACAAAGUCUUUGCAAAGUGACUCGGAGGGUCCCGAUGGAAGCAACUUGGGAAAUCGUCCGGUUACCGAGAUGACCUUUGAACCUUUCCCUGAUGUAUCAACGAACUGUGUCAAGAAGGUCCAUAUUUUUGGCAACCUGACAGAUAUGGCGUCCUGGCUGGAGCUUUCAUCAUGGUACAAGCUUUUCAAAAGGGGUCAGGUCUUCAAACAUACAGCAGAUGCCUACUGUCCUCUUUACAACUGCACCCUCAGAUUUACAACUGGAACAAACCUUACACAUCUCAAAGGAAAGGAUGCAGUCAUUUUUGGCGCGCUCCCGAAGGCAUUUGAAGGAAGACUCCAUGACGUGAUUUCCAAGGACCCUGAACCAGGACAAACCUGGUUUUAUUACAGCACCGAAACACCAUUACGUGUAGUCAACUGGAACAGAGACGUUCGCAUUGCUGAUUUGAAGUAUCAUAAACUGAUGACCUAUCGCAGUGAUUCUGAUAUCCAUAUUCCUUUCGGUUACUAUCAGAAAAGAUUAAAGCCUCUCACAGAUGCUGAAUUCAAUACUAAAUACGUACAGAACAAGACGAAGCUCGUAGCUUGGAUGGCAAGCAAUUGUGCACAGAUCUUCUGGCCCCGGAUACCAAUCGUAGAACAACUCGGUCGUCGAGUACAACUUGACACGUAUGGCAGAUGUGGAAAGUUGUCUUGUCAACCCCAACGUUCGGAAACGUGCAACCACAUGUUGAAGGAAUAUAAAUUCUACAUGACCCUUGCAAAUUCAGAAUGUCACGAGUACAUUACUGAAAAGUUUUGGACUCAGACGAUCGGCCAGGGUAUUGUGCCUGUCGUUUACGGUGCCCCAAAGUCCGACUUCCAGAAAAUGGGACCUCCAAAUUCUUUCAUCCAUCUUUCUGACUAUUCCUCACUGAAAGAAAUGGCAGAACAUCUCAAGAAGCUGAAUAAAGAUCAUGAAUCUUACAUGAAGUACUUAGAAUGGGGUCGCUAUUAUGAAGCAAUUCCGACAUUUCCUAUUCAGAUAAACAACUUGUGCAGAAUUGUACCCCAUCUUAACAAAGGAACUACGCAAGAGUUGCAUAGACUGGGUGAUUCCACUUGGUACAAAGGGUGUCGAAAUCUUCCCAAUAAGGAUAUUUUAACCCCAUUUUGGCCCAGGGAGCAGAUGCUUGCAUAUUUCACGUGGACUCCUUGGGGUUCGAAAAGAGAUGGGAUAAAUAGAGGUACUGAUAUAAAACCAUUCUGAAUUUCUCAGAGAAGAUGCACCUAUCCCUCAUUGACACAGGAAUUUUUUUUUACUUCAACCACGCUGGUGCAGGUCCGGUGAUAGGCAUGGCAUACCUUUUAAUCCUUUUUAAAUGUACUAAAAAGUACUAGUGCCCCACUUGUGGAAGUGAUGAUGAAAAAGAUUGUUUGUUUGCUUGUCAAAAUUCUUGUUAUUUGAAGAUCUUUUUCGUUUGAGACAUUAUCUUUUCAAAAUCCUGAAUCUGCCCCUAGUAAUAAUCAUGGUAUCAAUGAUAAUACCUGGUACCACAGCCGGCAGUAUUUGAUCAAAGAAUGGUAAAACCAUGUGGCCCCUAAAAAGAAAAGGCAUCUCUUACUUCACAAUGUGUUGUCAAAAUGAUUACAAAUUUGAAUAUAACAUUAUUAAAAACUUUUGUACAGA